GCAACCCAGCAAACACGCACAAGUUGUUUUGUUUGUGUCAUAUCUGUCAUUUGACUUUCAGAGCAUCGCUAGCUUGAUAAACCUCCAAAAUAUUAUUCUCUAAUGUUUUACAAUUUAAUUAAACACAACAUUGAGCCUAACACGCUGCUGAACAUUAUAUUGUUAUUGAUUGUGGUGUCAUCUUGGUAUCAUGCAAUAGUCUUGUCGCGAUUUUUCAAUAAAUCUUGUUUGAAUAAUUGAAAUUAAAUUACAAAAUGGCAUUUUCAUCAGAUGCACAAGCCGCACAGCAAGUGCAAGAUCGUUUAAAUGCUCUUUACACAUUGGUGCAUGAAGUUGAACAAAAACGCCAACAGAGUGAAAAUGGCCUUAUACCUAUCAUGAAGAUGCAAGAUGAGAAAACACAGCACAAUCAGUCAAAAUUGAAAGCUCUAUACAAAGCAGCACUGAGUCACGCUGAACAAGAAGAAGAACUUCUGCGCGAGGCUUUAGAGAAAAUUGUGGAAAUUCGCAACAUAAAGAAUGAGCGCCGUAUUAAAUCACGCAUGGGCGGUAAUAAACAAAUGAUGCGUAAAACAUCGUGCUUCUCGAUGCUUCAAAACCACGCGGAAACAUUACCGUUGUAUGUUGGUAAACCGGGAGAGAAACCACCGCCACUUUGCGGAGCUAUUCCAGCAGAAUCAAAUUAUACAGCUAAGGUUGGCGAUAUGGUUGCAACAUUUGUUGAUACUGCUGACAUGAAUGAUUGGAUUCUUGCUGAAGUAGUAAGUUAUCAACACAGUACUAAUAAGUAUGAAGUAGAUGACAUACUGCUGGAGCAAAACCAGAAAAAACGCCAUACAAUCAGCAAGAAGUUUGUCGUACCUUUGCCUUUGAUGCGAGCGAAUCCUGAAACUGAUCCAGAAGCUCUAUUUCCGCAGGGAACUAUUGUUAUGGCUUUAUAUCCUGGUACAUCAUGUUUGUACAUUGGUGUUGUGCGCAAAGCGCCCCAAAAGCAUACGGAUGAAUACGAAGUAUUAUUCUACGACGAAAACUGCACGAAGGGUUACAGCUGUCCGAUGUCGGUGGCUCAGCGUUACAUAAUUGCCGUGAAGCAGAAGAGUAAAUCAUGACAGAAUCAAUCGGAUGCGAAUUCCGAACCGGAUGAAAUUAGUUUCUAAUGAUAACACAACGUUUGAUAACUUUAUUUUUAUUUCUUGCACAAGUUAUAUCAUAUAGGCAUAGACAAUUCGGUUACGUUUCUCUGUUUUAAUCCUGGUCAGGUCGCAAUUGCAGAAAAAGUCGUAGCAUGUACCGAAAAUGAAACAGAAACCACGCAUGAUUAUACGUGGAUCUUGAGAAGUGGGCUGGGCCGACUGCUAAGGUUCCAAAUGAAUUAUUUUAAUAAAUAACAUGCUUGGUUCUUUAUAACAUAGAAUACUUACUAUAGAAACAUUGAUGAGCAGUAAAAAGAGUGAAACGAACGUCGCCAUCAUUAUACUUGAAACUACGCGUUAAUAAUGUCGAAUUUGCUUAUGCAUUCUUAAAUGAUUUGAUAUUGGUGUGAUUCAUAUGUUUUAUGUUUUGAGUAAAUUCUUUGACAAUAGGUAA